ACAUUCAAUAAAGUUAUAUAUAUUACAUUCUAUACAAAAAUACCUUUGGUUCACAAGGAAUAUGGAUAUAUUGGAUAUCGAUGAAGCAUUAAAAGAUGAUUCAUACAUUUUUCUGGCAGAUAAAACACACGACGAUAUAUCAAAUAUUCUUCACCAAUGGAAAAUUAACAAUCAACAAAACUUGCAAAAACCUUUACAGCCGAUUAAUGGAGAAGCAUACAAGUAUAAUUCUAAAACAUUCACGAGGCCCAAACGCAAACCACAGGAAAAAAUGGAGACACAAUUAACACAAACAACAAAUGUUACAUCAUCAAAAAAUUCAGUAUCUCCGAUGCUAAGUUUGGAAAUUGGAGGACUUGUGACAAAUUUGCAUAAAUCGUUCCUGCAGGACACGUCGCCACCAUCGUCUAUAUGUACAUCAAUAAACACCGGCUGUAUGAAUAGUUCGCUAAUCAGCUCAGCUGACUUUACAAAUCUCAACUUUUUACAAUCGAUUCAUAGUUUGGAAAUAAAUAAUACUAAUCCAACAAGAGAUCACAUGUCCACAAUGACAACGUUAAUGAAUGACGUAGGAUAUAACCUGAGCGACAUGAUUAGGGAUCGCAAAGUCCUCGAAUCACUUAGCCUGUCCGGUGAUGGCACACUAAUUAAGGAUUCACAUAUUGGCCAAAUUGAUAUUUCACUAAUGCCGCUAAGCAAAACAGCAUCCGGUUGCAGCACCAUGCAUAAUAGCACUGACAGUGUAUCUACGCCAAAUGAAAUGCAGUUACUGCAACAAUCACACGACAAUAACCAGGAUGACGUUCAAGCUCAGUUGUGUGCAACGAUAGUGUUGAGUGAGGACUUAAUUGGUGAUACUACAUUUAAUCUGGUGGAUAGUCUGACUUCACGUACAACAGCAGAAUCUCAGAGUGAAGGGGAUGUAAACGUCACGUUUAAGCGGCCAAUCGCGGUGCUAAACGAAACACAACUCCUUGCGGGGCGACAGGGGAACAGUACUGUUACCGAAGGGUGUCAUACGCCCGAAGCAGCUCGUUGCGAUACACCUGAAAAUAUUGAGACGAAAUUGUCCAUAAUUCAAAUGCAAUCUACGCCAGUAACAAAUUUAAACACCCGUUGUGCAUACAACUGUAAAAACAAUCAAAAUAAUAAUACCAAUAAUAAGGCGCCUAUCUAUACACCGACCCAGACUAGCUGCAACGAAAUAGUAAACAUAUCUCCCAUUGUGAGCAGCAUAACUCCCCAUAAAAGCUACUGUUGCCGACAAGAGUUAAACCAUACCUACGAACCACCAACGGAAACAUUAAAGAAUCUUCAACUUAGAGGGGCGCCUGAAUGCUUUGAUGGUCAAAAGUUUGUGCAUGAUACAAUGCACUUGCUUGAACAAAUUGAACAACCAGCGACAGAUUUAACGUACGAGAAGUCAGAGGAAUAUAUGCAGAUGCAGUGCGUCUUAGAUUUAGCUGAGGCAGAAGUAGAGCUGCUUGCUCAUCAGGGUGAUGAAGACCAGUUUGAGCACAUGCUCGCUGAGCUUGGAAGAGUAAAUAAAAUUAAUGCAGAGCAGAUAAAAAUGCAAAAAUCAUUGGAUAGUAUUAAGCGUCGCUUUCAGAAAGGUGAGGAGUAUUCUUCAGAACCUGACCAGCAGCAACAGGUAGUGGACAUGGCGCAUGACACGCCGCCUUCGUCGAAGUCGCAUUUAAUGAAUAGUCAAAAUCAAAGUAACAGCCAAUCAUCUAGUAGCAGUGAACGUUUACUUAGCCGACGUAGUCGCCUCUAUGACGACGUUAAGUUGAAUGUAAUGCACGACAGCGUAGCCACUUCUGCCAGUUGCAAUUCAACAUCUUUUAUAGUUCAUCGAAGGGAAGAGGAGCCAUCAAACUCAUCGGGGGCAUGCAUGCCACUACUUGACUCUGAGAAGCACGUAGUGGACAUGAAAACUAAACAAAACCAGACAACCAUAGAAUCUGAAUCACAGAACUAUAAGAUGGCUGAACGCCGCACUAGAGAUCGCGAACGUUUUAAAACUAUCAAAAUAAGUAGGGAAGUGCGCGCUACUGAUGAGAAGCUGGGAUACAUUGUUGUACCCUGUAUUGACGAUGAAGACUCCCAGUCUCAGCUAUUGAAUUCAGCUAAAAUAGAAGAUUCACAAUCUCCUCAAAAUCGACUUUCGCGUCUUGAUAAAAAUUCUCUUGAAAACAAAAAUGGUUCAGAAAACAAUACCAUUUGCGGCAAAAAUUACUUGACCUACAAAAAGCCAAGAGAAAAAAGCUUGUUGGUACAAAAACAGCAACCGCCGGCGGUCGCAUGUGGACAGAACUCGCGAUAUCAGCCACGUUCGCUAUCUCGACCACGCUACAUUAGUGGCUUGCAAAAGCUAGGUACUGUGAGCAAAGCAACAUCUGCUGGCGGUGGUCUGAAUGCUGUAUCAUCUUCAAUUUCAAGGACAACAUCAAGAGAAACACCGCCAAAACCUGGGGAUGGAGUAAAGAGUCCAAUGGGCAUCAAGUCAAAGUCAUUUCAUAACUUGUCCUCGAACAUUUGCUGCUCUAUGGGUGCUGGUGGUAAGGUAUCGCCUUCACGACAGAGCUUAGGUGACGCCUUUAAAAUACCCAGUAGCCAAAUUAGCAAGCCGUCGAGUGUGUUUCAAGCAGCGCCACAGAACGAGGAUAACACUUCCCUAUUUAAAGUGCCCAAGAUAGUUGGCGCCUUGCGUGCGCCGACCACUACCGGAGGCCCAAGCAAGCGAGUUGUGGGAAAUGGACUGGCCCGCCCUUCUUCCGGCUUUUAUAGUUUGACUAUGAGAGGAGUUGGUGAUUCUGAAACACCUGAGAGUCUUUCUUCAGCAUCUUCGCGAGGAAGUCUGUGUGAUAGGGAUGGAAAACAAAUUGAUGCUUUUGAAACAGCAGCAUUAAACUCAAGGCUGGUACAAAUGACAUCCUGUACAACAGGCAUUCCGAAGCCGUCAGCUCUUCGGCAACCCACGCAAAUAAAACGCAGUGGAUUACCCCGACCUUCUAAUGUUAUAAGGCGUUGACCCAAA